GUGUAAAUAUCAAACGGUGAGAUGUAUAUAGAUGCUGUAAGUAAAUCAUUGCGAUAUUUUUAUUUCAGUUUUUGUCCAGCACUGGCGGUAAUAGCCAGUGUAAUGCGUCUAUCGGAUAACAUAGCUGGGGUGACGAUAUUGGCAUUUGGAAACGGCGCGCCUGACAUCUUCACGUCCCUCGUGUCGAGAGGCGACAGAGAGAUAAUAAUGUUCACCGAAUUAAUCGGAGCGGGUGUCUUCGUGACCUCAAUGAUUGCCGGUUCCGUGGCGAUAAUUAAGCCCUUUAAAGUUUCACUCAAAUCUCUCAUGAGAGAUGCCUGUUUUUAUAUCGCUUCCGUGUGCUGGAUAAACUACAUAGUGUGGGACGAAAUGGUUCACCUCUGGGAGGCCGUAAGUUUUAUUCUGAUCUAUGUACUAUUCAUCGUGGUGGUCGUUAUAACGCAGAUAUAUGACACCAAAGAGGAAAAACUGAAAACCAGGAUCCCAAGUGUACCCGAUCCAGACGUCCUGCAUACUUACUUGGCGAACAUAGACACAAGCACCAUUCCCAAGAUUCCCGCUAGAAGCCGAGCUUUUGGCUUACGUGCCAAACUAGAUAUUGCCGUCGCAACGGAAAUAGAGAGAUCAAAAAUACGAGGCGAUCUCGUCCAGUUGAGCCCGGAAAUUAGCGACUACGUUUCCGACCGACCAAUAGGUCUCUUCAGAGAAUUUUUAUAUGAUAUCAAUCCGAUCAGCAGAGAAGAUUGGAAGAACUCGAGUAGAUUGUUCAAGAUCAUUCUGAUUGUACGUUCGCCUGUCAUGUUGCUAUUGCAACUCUUUAUACCGGUUGUAGAUCCUACUGCUGAGAAAAGAGGCUGGUCAAAGCUAUUGAAUUGCUUUCAGUUGUGUGUAACACCUACGAUAGCACUAUAUCUAUUAAACGUUUGGCAAAUGACUUUUGGCAAUGUGCCGAUAGUGCCGAUAUUCCUCGUUGUCGGCACCGUAAUUGGUAUAAUUGUGUUUCUAACGACUCACGUGGACCGUGUACCAAAAUUCCAUAAUAUAUUUGCAUUUUUGGGAUUUUUCGCUGCCAUGUUGACGGUUUAUUUGGUGGCCACGGAAGUCAUAGCAGUACUUCAAUGCAUAGGAUACGCAUGCAGCAUAUCUGACGCCAUGCUGGGUAUCACUUUUCUUGCAUGGGGGAACAGUAUCGGGGAUCUGAUAUCGAAUAUCGCUAUUGCCAGACGGGGAUUUCCUCGUAUGGGAUAUGCAGCUUGUUUUGGCGGGCCGAUGUUUAACACUCUGCUGGGACUAGGGCUGACUUACGGCAUUACCACCGCUGCCGAUCCUGAACAACAGACAAAGAUCAGGAUCGGCGAUAUGGCACCCGGUUGCCUAGCUUUCCUCCUAUGUUCACUAGUGGCUACCAUAAUUUAUCUGAACAUUACGGGAGCUAUCGCACGUCGUUCUUACGGCGGUCUCUUAUAUUCCCUCUACUUUGCUUUUAUUCUCAUACAAUUUUUAAGCGAAUUGCACGUUAUACAUCCGCUUGGCACUGAUCACAGACCCGAUGUGUAAUAAUAAUAUCACAUAUAUUCAGUAUUUAAUGCUGCCUUUUCAUUUAUACUAUUAUGUACAUAUAAGUGCAAAUUAAUAAAAAAUUAAAAACUAUUUACAAUUAGUUAUGAGUCGUCUUCCAUCUUGGAUAUAAAUUAAGCGCUGCAGAAUAAGGUAUCUUUAAAUAAGUAGAAAAUAUAGAAGAGCGCUUCUUUUUCAUGAAUUAUGUUAAAUGAGUCAAGAUUAUACUUAUACACGCAGAGAGAUGCAUUUUUAACAUGAAACGGAAGAGGCAAACUUUGUAGGAAAACAUUUGGACACUAGAUAUAUGUUUAUAUAUAUAGAGAGAGAGGAAAAAGCGGGCAGAAGCGAGAGCGAGUCAGGUCGUUUUUAGACAUUUCCCCGGAGAGAACGAAGUGUCCCGUUUCCGACCGAAACCGGUUAGUAUGGCCACCAUAACGCCGAAACGGAAACCACAAGUCAUGAGGCGGUUAGUAGUCUUGGGAUACGCGUCACUUUUAAAUUUUACAUUGCGCUGUAUAUCAUGGUAACCUCGAGUGCUACACAGACCCGCGUAAUUGAAUCCGUUAUUAGGUGAGGGACACAUUUCCUACGUGCAAACGUCUCUUAUAUAACGUUUCUCAUUUUCUUUCGAACGCCAUAAAAAGAUGAACGCGAAUUGUUUUUAUCUUCUUAUAUAUCUGCCUUCUCCAACCUAUAUAUAUUCUUUUAUUUACUAUAUAUUUAUCUACUAUACAUGGCGUCCUACUUUUGCAUUAUCUUGCGCUGACUUUUCUUUGGCGAUUUUAUAAAUGAUUGUUUUUCAGCGGAAAUGUUGAGUUAUCCAUAAAUCUUUUUAGAGUAAUUAGCAAUUACAGAUAAAGAGCUUAUGGCUAACUAAGCUGCUAAGGAGAAAAUAAAUG